AUGAUCAAGAUUCUUCUUAGAAUGAGCCUUCUAUUUGAUGGGAAGUGGAACACAAGGAAUAUAAGUACUGAGAAAGAUUUAGAACCAUUCCGUAGAUACUGCCAGUCAGGAUAUAAGUUCAUACCAAAGGCAGAGAACUACAACCUUGAAAAGCUAUUCGUAAUAUUCAGGCAUGGCGCCCGGACUCCUACUAGAAACCUCACAAGGACAUGGGAUAGCCAGGAAUGCAUGCCAUGCAGUCUCAACAAUACCACAAUAUCAGACUGCAAAAGAAAAGAAUGCUCUGAAGGAGAUCUGACACAUAGAGGAUUCAUGCAGAUGAUCACUCUUGGAAAAUUUAUAAAGAAUAACUAUAACUCUCUUCUUUUUGACAAGAAGAUAGAACAGAAAAAUAUAGAGAUGAGGGCUACAAAAAUACCUAGGACACAUUCCUCCCUGGCAGGGGUGGUGAGAGGCCUUACUGGAGAUACUGUAGUAGAAAAUGUAGAAAUACCCAAGAGUGAUGACACCUUACUAAGUACCUUGGGAUGCACAACCCAGAAAGAAAGAGAAGAUGUCAUGGAAUUUUUCAAUAAACCAAACAUAGUCCAAGACAACCAGGUAUUUAGCCGUCAUCCAAAGCCACAGGAAAGAGCAGACCAUUAUUAUACAAGCCUAUGCAGCCGAGUCCCUGUGGACUGCAGAGAAUUGAAUUGCGAUAUAAAAAGUGUGGAAGAGCACAUAAAAGCAGCAAACGAUGCCUGGGCAUACAUGGCGAAUAUCGGAAAUAAUACCGAGGAGAAAAGAAAGUUCAUGUUUGGAAGAUUUGCUAGAGAUUUGCUCCUUGACAUAGGAAAAGAAAAGCAUAUCUUUCUUUAUUCUGCUCAUGACUCCUCCAUAGGUGCAAUACUUACAGGUUUUGACACUGGGAUAUCUGAAUGGCCUUCAUAUGCAUCAGCAUUGUUUAUCGAAAUAUGGUGUAAUACAGGAAAGCAAUAUGUUCGAAUGAUAUUUAACAAUAGGGUAAUAAAGCCGAAAUCCUUUUCGGAUGAAUACAUCCCUAUAAGAGACUUUAUGGAGCUGCUUAAGAAAACCAUUCCUGAUCCACCAAAUAAAAAUCCUGAUGCUAAAAGCACAAAGAAUGAUGCAGAAACAGAGGGAAAGAUAGAGAAAAAAGAUGAGGUAGAGAAGAAAGCCAAUUCUGCUUAG